AUGGCGACGUCUUAUCCAUUUAUCUCCUCCUCCUCAUCAGCAGCAGCAGCAGCAACAGCAGCAGCAACAGCAGCAGCAGCAGCAGCAGCAGCAGGUGAUGGUUAUGGGGUGUAUGGUCAGCAAUUUGAGGUGUCUUUGCAUAAAAAGAAAGAAAAGCAUAUACAGCAGCAGCAGCCUCAUCAUAUACACCAUCAGCAUCAGCAGCAGCAGGAGCAGCAGCAGGAGCAGGAGCAGCAGCAGGAGCAGCAGCAGGAGCAGCAAAUGGAGGAAAUAGCAGCAGAAAUGAGUAGAUUUGCUGCUCCUUCUCUUAUAGAUAAAAGAAUAAAAGAAAUAACAGCAAACAUUAAAUCAUUAGAGGCAGAGAUACUUGCUGCUGUUAGGCAGCAAGCAGGACUGCAGCAGCAGCAGCAGCAGCAACAGCAGCAGCAGCAACAACUGCAGCAGCAGCAGCAGCAACAACAACAACAACAGCAGCAGCAGCAACAAACACAACAAAAACAGCAACAAGAGAAACAACAAGAACAAAAGAAGGAAGAAGAACAACAGCAGCAGCAGCAGCAGCAAGACGAGCAGCAGCAGCAGCAAGACGACCAACAACAACAGCAACAGCAGCAGCAGCAGCAGCAGCAGCAGCAGACAACAGGUCGUGUCUUGGAGUUAUUAAGUAUAUGCCGUAAAGGAAGAGAAUUAGCAGCAGCAAGUUCUGCUGCUGCUGCUGCAGUAAGCAGCAACUUGAGGUGUAUAGACACCGCAAAAAAGAAUAUAACAAGAACAAUUAGUUUGCUGCGUUUGCUGCUAAUGACUGCAGCAGCAGCAGAACAAUUAAGAGAAGCAGCAUUAUAUCGUAAUUAUGCUGCAGCAGCAAAGUUGCUGCUAGCAUUAAAUCCUCUUGCUGCUGCAUUUCAGGUGUAUAGGCACCUACCACGUGUUGCUGCUGUGCUGCAGCAGCAUCAGCAGCUAAGAGAGGGACUGCAGCAGCAGCUGCUAGAUGACUAUGAGAGUGCCUUUGAUCCAGAUAAUAAUCAUUGCAGCAGCAGCAGCAGCAGUUGCAGCAGCAGCAGCAGCAGCAGCAGCAGCAGCAGCAAUUAUUGGAGGGAUAAGCUUGCUGCUGCUGGUGCAUGCGUUGAUGCCCUUAAGGAAAAAGGAUUUAGGGACAGAUUAAUUGCUGCAGAUUAUUUAGAUAGGACGAAUCUAUCUGCUGCUGAGUUGCUGUCUCUUGUUAAGGAGUGUCGUGCCUUUGAGGAAAGAUUAAACACAAGAUUUGCUGCUGAGAGGAGAGAGUUGCUGCUGCUGCUGCCACCAGAGCAGCAACUGCAGCAGCAGCAGCAGCAGCAGCAGCAACAGCAGCAGCAACAGCAGCAGGAACAACAGAUACCGCAACAAUUUGAGCCUACAAGACAGCAAAAAGAACUCCUACGUGAAGCAGCAAUGCAAACAGCAGCAGCAAUAGAUCAGCAGCAGCAGCAAGAGGAACAACAGCAACAGCAACAGCAGCAACAGCAGCAACAGCAACAGGAUCCACAACAACAACAACAACAGCAGCAGCAGCAGCAGCAGCAGCAGCAGCAGUCUCCUCCAUCCUUUGCAUCUCGUGUAUCUGCAGUAUUACAAGAAGACAGCACAAAUGAUAGCUCAUCCUCUUCUUCUUCUUCUUCCUCUGCUGCUGCUGCAGCAGCAGCAGCAGCAGCAGCAGCAGCAGCAGCAGAGGAAGAAGAAUUGCUGCAGCUUCCUGCUGCUGUCUCCUUUACAGGUGCUAUAUCUACAGGAUUUGAAGGAUUUAUGGGUAAUUGGCUGCAGCACGAGGAAGAAAAAAUAAAUAAUAAAUUGUCUCUUGUGCUGCAGCAAGAUAAUAUUUAUAUUAAUUAUUCUUUAUCUGCUCUUGCAUGCAGCAGCAGCAGCAGCAGCAACAGCAACAGCAACAGCAGCAGUGGUAGUAGUAGUAGUAGUAGCAGCAGCAGCAGCAGCAAGAACCCAUUUGAUCCCGGUUUGCAGCAGCAAGAGGAUAGUUUUACAGCAGCAGCAGCAGCAGCAGCAGCAGCAGGAGCAGCAGCAGGAGCAGCAGCAACAACAACAACAGGAGGAGGAGGAGAAGAAGGAGAAGUGUUACCAGCAGCAAAGACAUUCUUGAAGGAUUUAUUGUCUCCUUCGUCAGCAGCAGCAGCGCAGCAGCUGCUGCAGUAUGUGCAGCAGCAGGUGCAGCAGCAGCAGCAGCAGCAAGUACCAUUAUUACAACCAGUACAGCAUCAGCAGCAGCAGCAGCAGCAGCAGCAGUAUCACCAUCAGCAGCAGCAGCAGCAACAACAACAAUCUAUAGAUAAAGAAGAUAUACUACAGCAGCAGCAACUGCAGCAGCAGCAGCAGCAGCUAACUGCUGCUGCUGCUGUCCUUGGCUGCUGCUGCUACUUCCAUACAAAUGUUAAUAAGAUAGAAGUUAUGCUGCAGCAGCAACUGCAGCAGCAGCACCGCAGCAAAGUCUCCUUUGAGCAGCAAACAG